CUAAAGUAGCGUCCACUGAGAGCACACCAUUUUCGUCUCUCACUGGACAGUUCUCGAUAUCCAGAUAUAAUCGUGCCUCUCUUCAGGCUUCAGCUGGUUCGAAGCACAUGACGUCGAUCUGAGAGCGAAACGCGACUUCUGAGAUGGGCUCGCGUCGUCCCUUCUGCCUUGUGACCUAACUUUUUGAAUCGCAUCAACCUUGCGGUUUACUCGCGUUCAAAACUUAUAUCGCAAACGGCAUGGAUACCAUUCAAGCGGCCUUUGGCCAUGACACUGCGUUAUGCGACCGUAUCCUCGCAGCAGCGAAAGAGAAUCGCGACCAAAUGCAAUUGUUUGUCGACAUUGCCAAGUACAUGUCCGAACGCACUGGAAAACGAUCAUCCGACGACACUAUUGACGCUCCUGACGCAAAGAAGAGAAAGACAACUUCUGCACCAUCUACUGCUGCUGCCUCGCCUGCACCAGCUCUCAACCUGACGACAACACUAAACCUGAAAGAUGCAUCCAACGUAUUAUACUCGGUCCCGGAGACGAGCUUCGCAGUGCCACAAAGAAAAAAGAUGACUGUACAAUUGGCAGGAGACCCGCAGAGGCUUGAAGAGGGAGCUGUCAGAAUUGUGCAUGAGGGCUCAGGUAUAAAUUUGGCCGUCCCUUUCAGCAAAAUCGAGCAGGUGUUCUGUCUACCGGUACCCGAGAAAGCGACACGGCAGUGGAACUUUGUCAUAUUCGCCAACCAAACUGUCGACUUUAAGACUGGCGAUCGAGUCAUUGAGGCCGAACAAAUUGUCUGGACAAUGCCCGAAACAGCCCCUGCUAAUGUCAAGGCUGCUGAUGGCUUCAAACCCCUAGACAUGGACACAUACGUUACCAGCACCAUGAGAUCACUGAACGCCUGCAUGAAGGCUCACGGGAAGAACGUCAUCAUACCCACAGAGCAAGAGUUUGCAAGCGCGAUACCACAAAGCCAUAGAAAGGGCGAAGCUGCAUACCACGUCAAGGCCCACAAGGGAAGCAAAGAUGGUUACCUGUUCUUCCUCUCAGUCGGCAUCGUCUGGGCCUUCAAGAAGCCCCUCGCGCUCUUCACUUUCGAGAACAUCGAGUCAAUCUCAUACACAUCUGUCCUACAACGGACCUUCAACAUCGUCAUAACCACCAUGCCAGAUCCCAUCACUGGCGACAAGCAAGAUAUCGAGUUUUCUAUGCUAGACCAAGCCGAUUUUGCCGGUAUUGACGAAUACGUCAAACGCCAUGACCUAAAUGACGCUUCUAUGGCCGCAGAGCGCCAAGCAAAGAAGUUGAAUAUCAACCCAAAACCGAAAACGGAAGGAGCAGAAGAAGGAGCUCCCAAUGCGGAAGGAGCAGACGACGAUGAUGAGAUGACCGAGCUGCAGAAGGCAGAGCAGGCGCUGCAGGAUCAAGAGGACGAAGAAGAGGAAGAUUACGACCCCGGAUCCGAUGGUGAAAGUGAAGGAUCAGGAUCGGAUUCAGAAGAGGAAGGCGCGGGUGGCGGAGGUGAUGAUGAAGAGGGAGAAGAAGAGUAUCCCGAAGACGAUGAGGAAUAGAGGGUGGUAGUCUUGCCUUUGCUCGGAGGAUAAAUUAUGCUGAGACUAGCUUCGAGAGCCCAAUAUCACUUAUCAAUGUCUAUUGCUUCAGUGCUCUCCCCCAGGCAAUAUACCACAAUCGAAGCUGCAGAAAUGCACAAUGUUUUCCCAGC